GUGUCUGUGUCACCUACGUUGGAGUGCAGUGGUAUGAUCAUAGCUCACUGCAACCUUGAACUCCUGGGCUCAAGCAAUCCUCCUGUCUCAGCCUCCUGAAUAGCUAGAACCACAGGCACAUGCUACCACACGAGGCUAAUUUUUAAUUUUUUUUUUUUUAAGAUGGAGUCUUGCUCUGUCACCUGGGAUGGAGUGCAGUGGCACAAUCUCUGCUCACCGCAACCUCUGCCUCCCGGGUUCAAGCGAUUCUCCUGCCUCAGCUUCCCAAGUAGCUGGGACUACAGGUGUGUGCCACCACACCUGGCUAAUUUUUUGUAUUUUUAGUAGAGAUGGGGUUUCACUGCGUUAGCCAGGAUGGUCUCGAUCUCCUGACCUUGUGAUCUGCCUGACUAGGCCUCCCAAAGUGCUGGAAUUACAGGUGUAAGCCACUGCACUCGGCCUAAUUUUUUAAUUUUUUUAAGAGACAUUUCUUGCUAUGUUGCCCAGGCCGGUCUUGAACGCCUGGCCUCAAGCAAUCCUCCAGCCUUGGCUUCCCAAAGCAUUGGGAUUACAGGUGUGAGCCACUGGGCCCUGUCAAAAGAGAUCUUUCUACAACAUAAGACUCAUUGUGAUACCUCCCUGCUAAAAAGAACCUUUAUUUUUUUAGUUUAAAGACCAUAGUCCUUACUGUGGCCUAGUAGGCUCUGUGUGAUCUCACUUCCGCCUACCUCUCCACCUUCCCCUCUCAUCCUUUGUCCUCUCUGUUCCAACCAAACGAGCCUUCUUUGUUACUCAAUGCACCAUGUUCCUUUCCCCCCAGGACCUUUGCACUUGUACCUUGCUUCAUCCUGGCCAAUUUCUACUCAUUCUUCAGAGCUCAGCUCAAAUCUCCCCUUUUCUGGAAAGCCCUCCUUGGCCCUCCAGGCUAGUUUAGGUGGUACUCACCACAAUAGUAAUUUUAGAGCUAUUUAUACAUUAUUUAAUUCCUGUGUCUCCCUGGAUAGAGAUCAUGCCCUCCUGUUCAUCCCUGCCUAAGAAUCACGUAAAGCAAAACUUGGCAUAGAAAAGGUGCUCAGGAAGUUUUUGUUGAAUGACCACAGGAGUGCUUAGCCCUUACCACAUUACAUGAAAUCUGCAGUUUACCUGGUUUCUCUCACACCAGCCUGUGAGUUUCCGGAAAAAACUCACAGCCUGUGAGUACAGGAUCCAGCCCCAUGCUUGACCUUUCAUGGGCUCAGCAGGGGUUUUCUGAGCAGGAGAGACAUUGUGAUGUGCUGCCCGGAUCCCCCAUCACUGAGGACUUAGGACAGACACCAGCUACUAGGAGUGCUGUUAGCACAAAGCCUGUAAUGUCAGCUUCUCCACAGACAGGGCCAUCUUGGCCCUUGUUGCCCCACUUGCCAGGUGGCCCCACAUCCAAGGACUGAUAAAGGCAGGGUGACCUGGCCAUCUUAGCUCAUCUGAUGGGCUACUCUAGCUCCAGAGUCCCUGUCGAGUCAGCUAAAACUGUCUUGGGGCCUGCAUGGAGCUCACUACUUUCCCCCUCUGCCACUCCUGUUCCCUCCCAUCCUUCCCACGCGUGUUGAUCCCAAGGGUGCUCCCUCAUAAACAUCCUGCACUCCAAUCUCCAUCUCAGAAUCUGCUUCCAGGAACCUAACCUGCAACAGGCCCUCUCGGUCCUCUCUUCUUCUCCCAGCCAUCACUUUCAGGGAACAUGCAUUCAUUCACCUGAAGUUUGCAGGCACCAUUCAACUGUUAAAAGUGUUUCGCAUCCGUUUUUCUAUUACUUCCAUCUUAUACCAACUAGCUCCACUUAACAUGUGGAGAAACUGAGGUCGGAGUGGGGGCGUGACCAGGCCAGCCUAAGGCCGCUGCACUAAUGAGAAGCUGAGCUCUCGGAUUUUUGCCUCCCUGUCCCUGCCAAAUCGCUGCUUCCUGGGACAAGAGGGAGCCUCACUGAAACGAACUCCAGUCUCAGGGGACAGAAUCCUGAAACCCUGGCUCUGGGGUCCGGGGCAGGGGGGCGCUGCCUCAGGACAGACGGGGAAACUGAGGUCCAGAGCCAGGCAUCCACCCGCCUGCGGAGGAGAACGAGAACGGGGCGCGUCCUGCCUUGCGGACCGAGCGGCGCCAGAGCCGCCUCCUCCCGCCCUCCGCGCCGGAUCCCCCCGCCCCGUCUUUGCCCUCGCGACGCCGCCACCUCGGGAACAAGCCAUGGUGGCGGCGACGGCGGCAGCGGCGUGGCUGCUCCUGUGGGCUGCGGCCUGCGCGCAGCAGGAGCAGGACUUCUACGACUUCAAGGCGGUCAACAUCCGGGGCAAACUGGUGUCGCUGGAGAAGUACCGCGGCUCGGUGUCCCUGGUGGUGAAUGUGGCCAGCGAGUGCGGCUUCACAGACCAGCACUACCGAGCCCUGCAGCAGCUGCAGCGGGACCUGGGUCCCCACCACUUCAACGUGCUCGCCUUCCCCUGCAACCAGUUUGGCCAACAGGAGCCUGACAGCAACAAGGAGAUUGAGAGCUUUGCCCGCCGCACCUACAGUGUCUCAUUCCCCAUGUUUAGCAAGAUUGCAGUCACCGGUACUGGUGCCCAUCCUGCCUUCAAGUACCUGGCCCAGACUUCUGGGAAGGAGCCCACUUGGAACUUCUGGAAGUACCUUGUAGCCCCAGAUGGAAAGGUGGUAGGGGCUUGGGACCCAACUGUGUCAGUGGAGGAGGUCAGACCCCAGAUCACAGCGCUCGUGAGGAAGCUCAUCCUACUGAAGCGAGAAGACUUAUAACCACUGCGUCUCCUUCUCGACCACCUCAUCCCGCCCACCUGUGUGGGGCUGACCAAUGCAAACUCAAAUGGUGCUUCAAAGGGAGAGACCCACUGACUCUCCUUCCUUCACUCUUAUGCCACUGGUCCCAUCAUUCUUGUGGGGGAAAAAUUCUAGUAUUUUGAUUAUUUGAAUCUUACAGCAACAAAUAGGAACUCCUGGCCAAUGAGAGCUCUUGACCAGUGAAUCACCAGCCAAUACGAACGUCUUGCCAACAAAAAUGCUGGCAAAUAGAAGUAUAUCAAGCAAUAAUCUCCCACCCAAGGCCUCUGUAAACUGGGACCAAUUAUUACCUCAUAGGGCUGUUGUGAGGAUUAGGAUGAAAUACCUGUGAAAGUGCCUAGGCAGUACCAGCCAAAUAGGAGGCAUUCAAUAAACAUUUUUUUGCAUAUAAACCAAAAAAUAACUUGUUAUCAAUAAAAACUUGCAUCCAACAUGAAUUUCCAGCCGAUGAUAA